AGUGGAAAGGAGACUCCGGGCUGGGGUCGCGGUGGGAGUUUGGAAGCGUCUGUUUUCUCUGUGGCGUCGGGUUCGCGAGCGCAGUCCGUCGGUUCCGCCGAGUGCUGCCGAGACGGGGCAGAGUUCUAGAGGGUUUUGAUUUUGGUCUGUGUUUAAGGGGUGGGGGUUGAGCGGGGGAGAGAAUGGACAAAAUACUGAUUGGAACGUUAAUUGGAGCAUUGCAUAUGCGAAGAGCCAUCUAAUUCCACAUUCUUCUUCCUUCAUUUGCUCCAUUAGGCCCACUUCAUUUUUUGAAUCCUCCGUCGGACAGUGUGUUUGGCCUAGUUCAGGGGUGACAGGUUGAUCCGAUCUCAGUGCAUUUUAAUCAGGGCACGCAACUUAACCCCAUGUUCGCGAUGGAAUUCCUGAAGACUUGUGUCCUUAGAAGAAAGGCGUGUGCUACGGUUUGCUUCUGGAGAAGCCACGUCACACUAAAGCUUUCCGUUAGGAAGAUUAAUACCACCUCUCCGCGGAGCACGGUCAUGCCCGCGUGGGUGAUAGAUAAAUACGGGAAGAAUGAAGUGCUUCGGUUUACUCAGAACAUGAUGAUGCCCAUCAUUCACUAUCCAAAUGAAGUCAUUAUCAAAGUGCACGCUGCCAGUGUCAAUCCUAUAGAUGUUAAUAUGAGAAGUGGUUACGGAGCUGCAGCUUUAAAUAUGAAACGUGACCCUUUACAUAUUAAAAUCAAAGGGGAAGAAUUCCCCCUGACUCUGGGUCGGGAUGUCUCCGGUGUGGUGAUGGAAUGUGGACUUGAUGUGAAGUACUUCAAGCCUGGAGAUGAGGUCUGGGCUGCAGUUCCUCCCUGGAAACAAGGCACUCUCUCAGAGUUUGUUGUAGUCAGUGGGAAUGAGGUCUCUCACAAGCCCAAAUCACUCACUCAUACUCAAGCUGCCUCUUUGCCAUAUGUGGCUCUCACAGCCUGGUCUGCCAUAAACAAGGUUGGCGGCCUGAAUGAAAAAAAUUGCGCAGGAAAACGUGUUUUAAUAUUGGGUGCUUCAGGCGGAGUUGGUACUUUUGCUAUACAGGUAAUGAAAGCAUGGGAUGCUCACGUGACAGCAGUUUGCUCUCAGGAUGCCAGUGGACUUGUAAAGAAACUUGGGGCAGAUGAUGUAAUUGAUUACAAAUCUGGAAAUGUGGAGGAACAAUUGAAAUCUUUAAAACCGUUUGAUUUUAUCCUUGAUAAUGUUGGUGGAUCCACUGAAACAUGGGCUCUAAAUUUACUCAAGAAAUGGUCAGGAGCCACAUACGUGACUUUGGUGACUCCUUUUCUCCUGAACAUGGACCGGUUGGGCAUCGCAGAUGGCAUGUUGCAGACGGGCGUCACCAUGGGCUCUAAGACACUAAAGCAUUUCUGGCAAGGAGUCCAUUAUCGCUGGGCCUUUUUCAUGCCUAGUGGUCUAUAUCUGGAUGACAUUGCAAAGCUCGUGGAUGAGGGAAAGAUUCAGCCAGUUAUUGAAAAAACCUUCCCUUUUUCUGAAGUUCCAGAAGCCUUUCUGAAGGUGGAAAGAGGACAUGCACGAGGAAAGACUGUAAUUAAUGUUAUUUAAAUAAAUAGGGUUUGGUGA